AUGACUCAGUCUGUUUGCUCACCAAGCCAAACGGGGAAGGUCCCUAGUCCACCAAGCCAAACGGGGAAGGUCCCUAGUCCACCAAGCCAAACGGGGAAGGUCCCUAGUCCACCAAGCCAACCGGGGAAGGUCCCUAGUCCACCAAGCCAAACGGGGAAGGUCCCUAGUCCACCAAGCCAAACGGGGAAGGUCCCUAGUCCACCAAGCCAACCGGGGAAGGUCCCUAGUCCACCAAGCCAAACGGGGAAGGUCCCUAGUCCACCAAGCCAACCGGGGAAAGUCCCUAGUCCACCAAGCCAACCGGGGAAGGUCCCUAGUCCACCAAGCCAACCGGGGAAGGUCCCUAGUCCACCAAGCCAACCGGGGAAGGUCCCUAGUCCACCAAGCCAACCGGGGAAGGUCCCUAGUCCACCAAGCCAACCGGGGAAGGUCCCUAGUCCACCAAGCCAACCGGGGAAGGUCCCUAGUCCACCAAGCCAACCGGGGAAGGUCCCUAGUCCACCAAGCCAACCGGGGAAGGUCCCUAGUCCACCAAGCCAACCGGGGAAGGUCCCUAGUCCACCAAGCCAAACGGGGAAGGUCCCUAGUCCACCAAGCCAACCGGGGAAGGUCCCUAGUCCACCAAGCCAACCGGGGAAGGUCCCUAGUCCACCAAGCCAAACGGGGAAGGUCCCUAGUCCACCAAGCCAAACGGGGAAGGUCCCUAGUCCACCAAGCCAACCGGGGAAGGUCCCUAGUCCACCAAGCCAACCGGGGAAAGUCCCUAGUCCACCAAGCCAAACGGGGAAGGUCCCUAGUCCACCAAGCCAAACGGGGAAGGUCCCUAGUCCACCAAGCCAACCGGGGAAGGUCCCUAGUCCACCAAGCCAACCGGGGAAGGUCCCUAGUCCACCAAGCCAACCGGGGAAGGUCCCUAGUCCACCAAGCCAACCGGGGAAGGUCCCUAGUCCACCAAGCCAACCGGGGAAGGUCCCUAGUCCACUAAGCCAAACGGGGAAAGUCCCUAGUCCACCAAGCCAACCGGGGAAGGUCCCUAGUCCACCAAGCCAACCGGGGAAGGUCCCUAGUCCACCAAGCCAACCGGGGAAGGUCCCUAGUCCACCAAGCCAAACGGGGAAGGUCCCUAGUCCACUAAGCCAACCGGGGAAGGUCCCUAGUCCACCAAGCCAACCGGGGAAGGUCCCUAGUCCACUAAGCCAAACGGGGAACGUGUGUGUUUUCCCUCUUCCUGAGGGAAGCCCCAACUGGCUUCCCUCAGGAUAUUACUGA